AUGUCUGCCUCUUCACCCCUCCGCAUAGCCAUCGGCUGCGACAGCGCGGGCGUCGGCUACAAAAACGCCAUCCUCAAGGACCUACGCGCCGACUCCCGCGUAGGCGACAUCACCGAUGUCGGCGUGCCUGAGACGACCGACGACACAGCGUACCCGCACGUCGCCGUCGACGCGGCCAAGCUGGUCGCAGAGGGCAAAGCCGACCGCGCAGUCCUCAUCUGCGGCACCGGACUGGGCGUCGCCAUCUCCGCGAACAAAGUCCCCGGCAUCCGCGCCGUCACCGCACACGACUCGUUCAGCGUCGAGAGAGCCAUCUUGUCAAACGACGCCCAGGUGCUGUGUAUGGGCGAGCGCGUUAUUGGACUCGAGUUGGCGAGACGGCUGGUCAAGGAGUGGUUGGGGUACACGUUCGACAAGAGCAGUGCGAGUGCGGCCAAGGUUGACGCUAUUACAGAGCACGAGAAGAAGAAUUUUGCAGGGCUGAGUAAGGUUGAUAGCGGGGCGAGCUGCUGA